AUGACUGAGACGCUGCCUGUAACGCAAAAUGACGAUUCAGAUAGUUGUCUGAGUAUCGUCACUUCUUUGACCUUACAAUACCAGCAAGAAAUAGUUCAGCAACUUUUGGGUGAAGAUGGACUACUGAUUCUCGGCCGAGGUCUUGGUCUAGGUAGAAUAGUGGCGAAUCUUCUUCAUCUUCUCAGUGCAUCAUCCAGUAAGACCGAUAAAAAGUCUCUCGUCUUUCUCAUCAAUGCAUCUGAGUUUGAGAACUUCAAAUUGGGUGAGGAUUUAAUGGAGUUGGCCUGGUUGGAAGAGGCUCAAGAAGCCACUCAGUCUGCUGCGACAACUUUUCAUGUUGUUGGUGGUGGUGAGACUACUACUGCUGAUAAAAGAAGGGCGGUAUACGCCGAAGGUGGCGUUAUUUCUGUGACAAAUAGGAUUCUUGUCACAGAUUUUCUUGCUGAAGUUGUUGAUACAGAUACAGUCACCGGAUUGGUGAUCUUGCAUGCCGAUAGAGUCCGUGAUUACUCGGCAGAUCGCUUUGUGGUAAACUUGUAUCGUCGCAAGAACAAGUGGGGGUUUAUUAAAGCUGUCUCUGAUGAUCCUGAGCGAUUCAGUAUUGGUUUCCAGCCAUUGACGACCAAAUUACGAUUUUUGAAACUUGAAAAGGCCAUGUUAUGGCCUCGUUUUCAUGUAGAUGUAACAAGUUCUUUAAGAACUAAGAGAAAAGAUACAACUAAUACUGUUACUGAGGUUCGUGUAAAGAUGUCCUCCUAUACAGAGAAAAUUCAGAAUGCUCUUUUGGCAUGUAUCGAGGCUCUCAUUGGCGAAUUGCGUCGAAAUAAUCCGGAGGUGGUAUCGGAAUAUUGGUCUAUGGACAACGCUUUGGACGAGAACUUUAUCCAGAGUAUUCGUAGUGGAUUGGAGUCUGUUUGGCAUCGUGUUUCCUACACUACUCGACAAAUUGUGUUUGAUCUUGGAACUUUAAAAACUUUGCUUGAGCACCUCUUGGACAGGGAUUGUGUGGAGUUUUAUCAAGAGUUGAACUCCAUAGUGGACGCUAACAAGCCCUCCAUUACGCGCAGCAGUAAGAAUUUAGCUACUUGGUUAAUGUUAGAUGAAUCCAUGGCUAUGAUAGCAUGUGCCAAGGCAAGGAUCUUUGAUAAAAUUAAAGAUUCAGAUUCGGAUGGUGAAGCUGAAGCAGAAGGAUCCACAUAUCUGCUUGAGGAGCAACCGAAAUGGGAACAGUUGUCACUGAUAUUGGCUGAUAUUGACAGUGACAAAAUGUCUCGUAAUUCUUCUGAGGAUGGUCCCACCCUUAUUAUGUGUUCUAGUUAUCAUACCUGUCAUCAGCUACGUCAAUAUUUGGCCAAUACCAAGGAGUUCAGGCUUCCCAGUGGUCAGAAGGUGUUCAGUGGUCGUAAAUUGAUGGUUCAUAGCCUUAGACAUUAUAUGGCAUUUGCUUAUGGCGCGGGAUCUAGUAGUUUGAAAAUGCAAAGAGGUUUAAAUGAAGUGGAAAAGACUAUGAAGGAUUCCACAAAUGACGAAGAGGACAAGCUUAACAUCUCUAAGACAUUUCUCAGGCAAAAGCAGUUUUCUUCAAAAAGAAGGAGAACUCGUGGGGGCUCCAUUAUAGCUGCCCACGAUCGGUUGUUGAAUAAAGACCUUGGAACUGAUUUGGGAGAGGGCGUAAAUGAAGCUAUGGUGCUGGAAUUGGAAUCAGAAGUUAAUAUGGAUGAUAACAGUGAUUCUUCGGAUAGUUCGGACGAAUCGUCUGUUUCCGAUAUGAUGAAUACUCUCGACUAUCGGUUUAUCGACCGAUCCGAUCAACUAAUCAUUGAGCAAUUCAAUUCGAAGUCCAAAGACUUGCUUCUUGAAGAGCUUAUGCCUUCCUAUAUUAUUCUCUAUGAGCCUAACCUCGGCUUUAUUCGUAAAGUUGAACUGUACCAAGCUCCUAGAAGAAUGCUUCAAAGGGCUAAUUGCUACUUCAUGUAUUAUGGGGGGUCUGUCGAGGAACAGAAGUAUCUCAAUGAUAUCAAGCAUGAGAAGGAUGCAUUUACUAAACUCAUAAGAGAAAAGGCCAACAUGCCUAAAGUAUUCUCUACUGAUGAGGAUGAAUUGGCUAAGUUUGCCCCAGAGGUUGAAACAAACACUAGAAUUGCCGGGGGUGGAACCCGUGCAAUUCCUAAGACUAAGGUUAUUGUGGAUAUGAGGGAAUUCAGGUCUCAUCUUCCCUUUCUCUGUUAUCUUUCUGGAUUGAAUGUUAUUCCUUGUUUGCUAACAGUGGGUGAUUAUAUUCUCUCUCCCAAAAUUUGUGUCGAAAGGAAGUCGGUGCCCGAUCUCAUUAGCUCGCUCAAAGGCGGUCGACUUUAUCAGCAAUGUGAACAGAUGUUCCGGCAUUACGAGAUUCCGGUACUUUUAAUUGAGUUCGAAGAGGGUAAGUCGUUUUCUCUGCAGCCCUUUACCACCUUUAAGAACGGUGUUCUUAUGCCUUCUACGAAUUCUGAGAAUAGCUACGUGCAACGAGACUUGCAACUAAAACUCAUGGUGCUUCUCACUUCGUAUCCGUCCCUAAAGAUCAUUUGGGCAAGCUCUCCUUUUGAGACUGCCAAAGUCUUCAAAGAGUUAAAGAUGAGUCAAAGUGAGCCGGAUGUCUCUGAUGCUAUAAAUGCUGGCCUCAAUCCUAUGUUCGAUAAGCAAGCAUUCUUCAACGAUGCUUCCAUCGAUCUUAUACAGAAUAUUCCUGGUAUUGACUCAGUCAACUAUCUGCUUGUAAUAGGUAAGGUCAGAAACUUGUACAGUUUGAGUCAGAUGUCCGUCGACAAUCUUGCCAAGAUCAUUGGCCAUGAGGCUGCCCGGAAAGUGGUAGCGUUUUUUACAAGAAAGGUGGAAAAUAGUAAGUAA